GCUGAUCGGCGAUGUUGGCAAGCAUUUGUUACUGCAGUAUCGAUAUGGAGCCAGAGAAUUAUAACGGAAGCUGAAAUCGAAGCUGAACUUGGUUCAUUUCCUAAUUCAAACCGCAAUAUGGAACUAGAAGUGCUCGAAAAUUUUAAUCGCCAAAUUUACAUUCGACAAAUUAAAGCAAAAGCCUAUCAUUACUUGCCUCGGAAUUUUUUAUCAUCUUUAGAUUUGAUUGCCCAAAUUAAUGUUGAAAAAACUGGAACUUUGGGUCACUAUAAUUUUACAGUUCAAGAGGCAUUGGAUUUUCAUGCAAUGUCUGGUGGAUUAAUCGAUCAUAUUGUAACCGGCUCAGAACGAUUUCCUGGUCAUUUUGUCGGGCCAUUUCAUGAAAUUAUCUUAUCAACUGAAAUAAUUAAAUUUCUUGUUCAGUAUUAUUCAGAAAUUUAUCCAAAUUACAACUUUUAUGAUGAAAAUCAAUUACCAAAAUCAGAAAAAUCAAUUCUUGUGUCUUCAACAGCUCGUCGGGCAACUGCUCUCAAACUUGGUGAAGAAAAAUAUGGAUCUUUUUUUUCGCGCUCUGAUUUGAAUUCGCAUGUACUUGCACGUUGGCAGCUAGAAAAUGAGAGAGUUAAUUGGCCAGGAAUAAUUAAAUUUUUUAUUGAACACCGAGUAUCUUUGCCAAAUUCAAAAACUCCAACUAGCCAUUAUCUUGCUAUUGUUGAUUGGUAUAGAAGAGAUUCACAAAAACAAAGCUAUUUUUAUGUAAAAUCACGUGAUAAAUUAUUCAAAAAUAUAUUAUCUACAAAUGCCGAUGGAACUUACCAUGCGGAAUUGUGGGAAGACCGAUUCGUUGAGCGAGGAAUUGUAACUAUCUUACCAAUUCAAAGGAUAAUCGGUCGAUUUGCUAAAAGCAAUGGAAUCAAGUUAUCUGGAACUACUUUAAACUCCCUUUCGACAAGUAUUACUAGCUUAACUCAAAGCGUAAAUGAAAUGAAAACUACUUUAAAUUCUUCAGAUAUUAAAAAUCAACUUGAAAUAACAAAAAAUUCAAUCGAUUCUUUAAAACGUCGAUUUGAUAUUUAUGAGCAAAACCAGAAUGAGAUUGCAACUACUAUACAGCGUAUUAAUAGUGAACAUGGAAUUAAAAUACAACGUCUUGAAGAUACAUUAAUAACUGCAACUACUACAUUAGAAAAUUUAUCAACUUCUACUUCGGCACUUCAAGAUACUACGAACAAUAUAUUAUCACAUAUUCAGAGUUAUGACAAUAAUAUUUCAAGUAUAACAAAUACAAUGAUUAACUCUCCACGCGCUAUUACGGUAGCAAAUCCUGUGCUUACUGCAAAAGUUCAUGACAAGAUGCGUUAUUUUAAUGGAUUCGAUGAUGAAUCUCAAUCUCAAGAUCGUAAUUAUAUAUAUGACUUUGAACUUGGUCCUAAAAACCGGAAAAACAAAAGAAUUACUCGAAACUAUGUGGAUCUCUUUAUUAAGGAAUUUGAUGUCCAAUUCGAAAACACACAAACUAAUGAAAAAUGGAAUGAAACUACAAUCACUGAAAUCUGUGAAGCUUACUUUAAGACAUUGAAAAAAGAACCCGCCUUAAACAAAAUUCCUGAAAGCAAUUUAAAUUAUCCUAAAAUUGAAGUUGAAAAGUUAUUUUCUUUUGAGGCGACAUCCCCGGAAGUGUCUGAUGCUGAAGAGAUUCCAAUAUCUGGCUCUGAUGAUUUAGAUAUAUCUCAAUCAUUUAGAAGAAAACUAUUAGUACCGGUUCUUCCUUGGAUAAGCGACGAGGCAAUUCAUAUCCGUGGUCUUGUAGAGGAUUUUAUUAAACGAAAUCGAGUGGAAAAAUUAAAUUCUGGAGGCCGUCAUUCUUACACUACUCCUCUUCCACGUGAAAUUAUUAAAAUGGACGAUCCAAGAUGGAUUACGAUGCGAUCAAUGAUUCCUCCAAAACCGAAAGACCUCCCAAAUUGGGCAUGGAAUCAAAUCGAUCCAAGCGAAUACUUUGAAAAUUCCGAUGACAUAGAUGAUUACAUUUAUGAAUAA